AUGCUUUUAUCACGAAAAGAUGGAUCCAAUCAUCAUGUGUGCAAAGAAGAUUUUGAAGAAGAAGAAGAAGAUUCUCUCUCAUCAGAACAUUCUCCAUCACCCAAUGAAACAAGUCGACUUGCUCAUGUGAUGACAAUCCAUCGAAAUAGUCCAACCAUUGAAACGAGUGCUUCAGAAACGAGUGAGGUUUCAAAUAACAUGAGUCAUAUAACAUCUCGUUCUGUGACGACAACGACAACGAUGAAUAACACCAGCACGACUGGUCGUACGCAUUCCAUUUCACCUAGAAAUGUGGCCAUGCCACCACAAACACCAGAUAAGCUUUAUGAGGAAGAUGUUUUUUCAGUGAUUUCAUCGAGUGGAUCAACAACAGGAGGAGGAACCACAGCUUCAUCGUCGUCCAUGUCUGGAUCAUUGAGUCAUGGCGAACAAACACAAGCAGCUAAAUUACUCAAGGCCACAAACUUUUCAGCGAAUGAGGCAGUGGAAUUGAGUGUCAUUUUGUUGAGAAGUAUUAUUGAAAUUUAUAAUGCGUCCGAAUGGAUUUCACAAACUCGAUUCAAUGAAAAAGAGCGAAUGGGAUGGGGCAAAUUAUUAAGAUUGGGCAAUGAGUUUAUAGUCUUGACAGGAAAUGAAGAAAAGGUCGAUGAAUUUACACAAUUGACGUACAAAUUGGAAUUGGUCGAUGUGAUCGAGUUGAAAUCCAAAAAGCAUCUCUUAACUGUAUUUUUAUUGAAUAUUUAUCAUGUCAUGUUGUUGCAUGGAUUUAUUAAGAAUGGAACUUAUCCACUCAUGUCCAUGAGAUCCAGAAUGAGAUUCCUUCGAGAGCCCAUGUAUGUGAUUGGAAGCAUUCCUCUCUCAUUGGAUGACAUUUUUUGUUUAUUGACUUCUGCUAAAAAUGUUUCGAAUAGUGGAAAGCACGAAUUGUUGAAAGAUGUCUAUCAGAAAGAUCCUCUGAAUUGUUUGGCAUUGAGUAAUUGUUGCUUCUCGUCGCCUCAUUUAAGAAUUUAUUAUCCUGCAAGUCCAGAAUUGGUGAAAGCUCAAUUAAUUCAACAAUCAACUUGUUUCCUUUCUCAGACUGUGAAAUUCUUCUCCAACACCAAGCUAUUGGUCCUUCCAUCCACGUUAAGUCAACAUCUUUCAUUAUUUGGUGAUAACAAAGAAACUGUUAUUAAUUGGAUUAUCAAUCACUUGCCCAAAGAUUUGGAAAUUAGAAAAGAUAUUGGCAUUGCCAUGACAUAUACCAACAUUCACAUCAAAUUCAGUCCCAUUGAUUAUAGCUUCCAAUUUAAGGUUGCCUCUGAAUAG